AGUUACUUUCAUUCAUUCACACCCACAGUUACGAGUUCUCGAAGAAGAAGUGACAAAGUUACAAUCUGCUCUCUCUGCUCGCGAAUCAGCAUUACGUGGUUCUGAACACGAGAUAGCAGAGUUGAAAAAUAAAAACCUUGAACUGAUAACGAGCAUCCACACCAAGGAUAAACUAGUAGAAGCCAUGCAGGUUCGCUCCCCUGUGAAGAGGAAGGAAGAUGAUCUUCAACAAACGGUUUUGCUCCUCGAGGCUUCCAUAGAAACAAUGCGCGAGACGGAGAAACAUCUUCGGGAGGAAGUUAAGGUCCUUAAUUCUCGGCUUAUUGAUGCGAGAAAUGAAACAGCGAGCUUGAACGAUGUUUUGAAGAGGAAUGAUUCUGCUAAGGUAGUUUCNAUAAACGAAGAAAUACGAAUCCUCCAACUUAAGCUGGAGGAGAUGGAACAAUCGCAUUCAGCUCAACUAUGCGGAAUGAAGGCUGAAGUGACGAACCUUACGACUCAUCUCCACGGUCGUGACGCAAAUAUUACGCGGUUGAGCGAACACUGCUCCGAGAUGGAGCGGCAAUUAAAGGAGGAAAGCAGGAGGAGGGAUAAGUUAGAUUGUGAGCUUCAAACGGCGGCCAAACAUCUGGAACAUCUUCGUGAACAGCGAAGAAGAGCUUCAUUAUCGGAUAACAACAGAGAUACGCCAGAUAAAUCGUUAUCAGAGGCAGAGGGUCAGCUGAGUGAUUUAAGACUAAAUUAUGGAAAAGCUGUUUCAAAGCUUGAGGAAGAAAAUAAACAACUGAAAGGACAGGUUGAUGGUCUAAGGCACCAACUUUGCAACAAAGAUUUUGUCGACAACGAACAUCAAAGUUCACACAAGCAACAAACACAGGAUGUUAUAAAUGAAAUGAAGUCAAGAGAAGAAAUGAGAGUAAGCGAGGUGUGUCAAGCUUACGAGCAUCGGAUCGCUUCGCUCGAGUCCAAGAUACGAGAGAUGGAAAGUUUCCCUGAUCCUCCCGCAUCCAACAGUGUCGUGCUCCGAUCAGAUGAUGUAGAUAGCGGGACGAUGACUCCAUCUUCAUCUAACAGCGGAAGCAACAAAGAUGUCCGUACUCAGACCCCGACGAAGAACUUCCUCCUCUCGAUUGGGAUCGAUCCAUCCUCCGUAAACAGCUCCCUUGUGUCCUCUACCAUGGCUAGCAUGGGUGAGAAGCAACUUCACGCUCUUCUCGGGAUUUCGGAUGAAGGAUUUGAGGACACAGGGGUGUCUACAGUGGAAGAGUUCACCGCGGAAGAUGAGAAAAGAGUCGCAGAGCUGGAAUCGAGGAUUGAAAAACACAUCGGGGAUAUGACAAAAGCCAUGGAUGCUGCCAUGGAGAAGUAUUUUAAGUGACAAAAUAUGUUUCUACUUUGAGAUUGAAAAGCUGGACACCGUGAAAGGAUUACGAUCUGCGUCUUGUGCCUUGCUCUUUAUCCACAAAUAUCAACUUCAUAAUCUUUCAAGAAGUUUGUUGGAAACUUUUUGGUGAACUUACCAUAUAUUGCUGCUCGCUUGUUCUUGCUUAUAUUGUAUUUUGUGUUCCAUAUGCUUGUAGUUUAUAUUUAAUAAAUCAUAUAGAUUUUGUA